AUGAAUAAUCCGCCAACAAUGACAAAUGGAAUUUCCCAAACAUUAAUUACUGUUUUGUUAGUUUGCGUAACAAUAAUGGUUCUAGCAUUGACCGUUAGUAUCGCACUACUAUUUACAAUUGGAAAACCAAAAUCGACUACGAGCUCUAGUGAUAAUCGAAAUCAAUCAACAGUUACUCUUGCCGAACCAUGUGCAUGUGGUUGUCCAGCUAUUAGUCCACAAAUAACAUCAAGAAUUGUUAAUGGUGAAGCAGCGAUUCCAAAUUCAUGGCCAUGGCAAUUGCUUCUCGUCGUUUUUUCUGCUGAAGGCUUACCAAGAUCUUAUUGUGGUGCUAGUCUUAUUACACCACAACAUGUUCUUACUGCUGCACAUUGUAUUUUUGGUUUUUCACCUCGAUAUGUUGGUGUAAUUGCUCGUCUUCAUGUUUUUAAUGUUAGUACAUGGUCACCACGUAUAGCACAUAUGGCUGAACGUAUUUAUGUUCAUGAAUCUUAUGAUGAUCUAACUCUUAAUGAUGAUGUUGCACUUAUUCGUUUACAUACAAACAUUUCUUUAGAUGAUCAAGUUAGUCUUGCUUGUAUUGCACCAGCAAAUAUGACUGAUCAAGAAUUAAAAGAAGGUGAUACUCUUGUAGCUACAGGUUGGGGUGCAAUGGAAAGUGUUAAUCGUACAAGACCAAAUGUAUUACAACAAGUACGUUUACAAUUUGUACCACGAAAUCAUCCAUCAUGUGAACCAUUAACUGGUAGUGGUGAUGGUGCACGACUAGGACAAAUGUGUGCUGGUUUUCCACCAAGAGCAGUAUGUUUUGGUGAUAGUGGUGGUCCAUUAGUUCGAUCAAUAGUUCAUAAAAAUGGUAAAACUUAUUGGCAACAAGUUGGUAUUAUGUCAGGAACAGUUGAUUGUGGUCAUCAAACAAAUUUUUCCGAUGUUUAUGCUAAAGUUAGUUAUUAUAAUCCGUGGAUUGUGCAUAAAAUAAGUAUUUCAUCUUAA